UGUGUGUGUGUGUGUGUGUGUGUGUGUGUGUGUGUGUGUGUCACUGCCCUUCCCCCCUCCGCAGUAUAAACUGUACUGAAAGUGAAAAUCAGCAGCUCCAUUUUGUGUGGAGUGAAAACUAAAAGAUUUGAGGAGUAAAAACACAAAUGAUGGAGGGAAAGAGAUCAGACUCACCAGAACCCAGCUGUGUGUCCAUGAAGAGUGACCGGUCAAUGGAUCAUCCAAAUAACUUUGGAGGCAGAGUUAGUUCUACUGAUGUGAGACCACAAAAAUCAAACAUCAGCAGAAAACAGCUGGACUCUAUAUUCAAGGAGCUGGAACACAAAGUCAUCACUCUGAUAAAGAAUGAGCUGAAGAGGUUUAGGAAGCUCCUGAGUCCAGAUUACCCAGCAUGCACUGAGAGGGAGGUGGAGGAUGAGGAGGAUCUGCACAGUGUCAGAGACGGAGCGCUGAAGAUCACACUGCACGUCCUGAAGAACAUGAACCACACAGAUCUCGCUAACACACUGCACAACAAACUCACCUCUGUGUAUCAGCCAAAGUUGAAGUCCAAUCUGAGAGAGAAGUUUAAAAGAAUUAAUGAAGGAAUCUCACAGCAUGGAAGCUCAGCACUUCUGAAUGAGAUCUACACUGAGCUCUACAUCACAGAGGGUUGGAGUGGAGACAUCAAUAAUGAACAUGAGGUGAGACAGAUUGAGGCAGCGUCCAGGAGACCAGCAACACAGGAGAAACCCAUCAAAUGUAAUGAGAUCUUUAAAGACAAGUCCAUCAGAACUGUGCUGACUAAAGGAGUUGCUGGAAUUGGAAAAACAGUCUCUGUGCAGAAGUUCAUCCUGGACUGGGCUGAAGGAGAAGUAAAUCAGGACGUCACCUACAUGUUUCCACUUCCUUUUAGAGAGCUGAAUCUGAUGAAGCAGCAAAAUCUCAGUCUGAUGAAACUUCUUCAUCACUUUUUCCCAGAAAUAAGAAAACUAGAAUCAAUAGACUGUGACUCCUACAAAGUGGUGUUGAUCUUUGAUGGUCUGGAUGAGUGUCGACUUCCUCUAAAUUUCCAGAAGAAUGAGAGAUUGUGUGAUGUGACAGCGUCAGCCUCAGUGGAUGUGCUGCUGACGAACCUCAUCAAGGGGAAUCUGCUUCCCUCUGCUCUCCUCUGGAUAACCACAAGACCAGGAGCAGCCAAUCAGAUCCCUCCUGAGUGUGUAGACCAGGUAACAGAGGUACGAGGCUUCAGUGAUCCUCAGAAAGAGGAGUACUUCAGGAAGAGGAUCAGUGAUCAGAGCCUGGCCGAUAAAAUCAUAACUCACCUGAAGUCUUCAAGAAGCCUCUACAUCAUGUGCCACAUCCCAGUCUUCUGCUGGAUCUCAGCCACUGUUCUAGAGAGAAUGUUGGGUGGAGCAGAGGGUGGAGAGAUCCCCAAGACUCUGACUCAAAUGUUCACACACUUCCUGAUGUUUCAGAUUAAACACAAGGACCAAAAGUACCAUCAGAAAUGUGACCCUGAUCCUCAGCAGACCAGAGAGAGUAUCAUGGCACUGGGAAAACUGGCUUUCCACCAGCUGGAGAAAGGAAACCUGAUCUUCUAUGAGGAAGACCUGAGAGAGUGUGACAUUGAUGUCAGAGAAGUGUCAGUGUACUCAGGAGUGUGUACCCAGAUCUUCAGAGAGGAGUUUGGGCUUCACCUGGGGAAGGUGUUCAGCUUCGUACAUCUGAGUGUUCAGGAGUUUCUGGCUGCUUUAUAUGUAUUUUUCUGCUUUAUUUUAAGAAAUACAAAUGUGCUUGUGGGACAAAGCACUGGACUUUUUAAUUUCCUCAGAAACCCAACCAUGUCUGAUCUCCUCAGGAGUGCAGUGGACAAGGCCUUACAGAGUGAGAAUGGACACCUGGACCUGUUCCUCCGCUUCCUUCUGGGUCUCUCACUGGAGACCAAUCAAACUCUUUUACGAGACUUAAUGCCACAGACAGGAAGCAGAUCUCACAGCAAACAGGAAACAGUGGAGUACAUCAAGGAGAAGAUUAGGGAGAAUCCAUCUCCAGAGAAAUCCAUCAAUCUGUUCCACUGUCUGAAUGAACUGAAUGAUCAUUCUCUAGUGCAGGAAGUACAAACUUACCUGAACAGAGGAGGUGACAGACGUCUCAGAGGAACCAGACUCUCUCCUGCUCAGUGGUCAGCUCUGGCAUUUGUGUUACUGAACUCAGAACAGGAGCUGGAUGUGUUUGAUUUGAGGAAAUAUGAUCGAUCAGAUGAAUGUCUUCUGAGGCUGCUGCCAGUGGUCAAAGCCUCCAGAAAAGCAGAUCUGUGUGAGUGUAAUCUGACAGAGGAAAGCUGUAGAGUUCUGUCCUCAGUUCUCAGCUCAAACUCCUCCAGUCUGAGAGAUCUGGACCUGAGUGUCAAUAAAUUGCAGGAUUCAGGAGUGAAGCUGCUCUCUGCUGGACUGAAGGAUCCACAAUGUACACUGGAGAUACUGAGUCUGCGUGAGUGUAAUCUGACAGAGGAAAGCUGUAGAGUUCUGUCCUCAGUUCUCAGCUCAAACUCCUCCAGUCUGAGAGAACUGGACCUGAGUCACAAUAAACUGCAGGAUUCAGGAGUGAAGCUGCUCUCUGAUGGGCUGAAGGAUCCACACUGUACACUGGAGAUACUGUGGUACACUUACACACACAAACACACUCACAGUCAGGAUGGGCCAGAAGGGAGGACUCAAAUGCAGGACGCCGAUGCAAAUAAUAAAAGUCUUUAAUGAGCUCAACACAAAUAUCAAACAAGGCAGGCAAACACUCAGAGUGAAGAACAGUCUAAGAAUCCAGUACACAGGCAGGCAGAGUAACACAGGGCAGGCAAAACAUAGAAACUAGAAACAAACCGAGUCAAACCAGGCAGGGCAGAACAGGAACAAGGCUAGAUGAAUCACAGAGCAUGAGGCAAACUGAGAAAACUAUCUGGCAAGGAAGCAUGUGAAAGCAGUGUCCUUAUAUAGUGCCUGACAACUAAAAUGGCCGCGGCCCUGGAAGUGCAAAAUCCAAGAUGACCACUGACCUGGAAGUACCCCUCCCUCCAUGGGGCGUUUCAUGACGUCCCUCCUGGCUGGUCAGGAUGGUCACGAUGGAACUGCUUGAUGAGGUCAGCAUCCAAAAUGUGGCAUGCCGGAACCCAGGAGCGCUCCUCUGGACCAUAACCCUCCCAGUCGACCAGAUACUGUAAUCCCUUACCAUGAUGUCUGGAACACAGGAGCCAGCAAACAGUGUAAGCAGGGCCCCCAUCAAUGAACUGGGCGAGUGGAGGGGGUCUGUAGGAGGGAACCAGCGAGCAGGCAUGAACUGGCUUGAGUCUGGAGACAUGGAAGCUAGGGUGAAUACGCAGGGCUCUGGGGAGCUUGAGUCUGACCGCCACUGGAUUGAGAGGUAUGGAGAUAUGAAUAGGCCCAACAAAGCGUGGGGCAAGUUUCCUGCAGGCAAACUUAAGCGGCAGGUCUCUGGUGGAUAGCCAAACCCUCUGACCAACACGAUAUGGGGUGCCGGAUGGUGCUUGCGAUUGGCCCACUGGGCAUAGCUCCUAGAAGAACAGAGUAGGACUGCACAUGCUUUUCUCCAGACAUGUCAGCAACGCCUGACCAGGGCAAGAGCAGAGGGAACUGAUGCCUCCAUUUCCUGGUUGAAGAAUAGUGGAGGCUGGUAUUCAUAUGCGACCUGGAAGGGGGAGAGACCUGUGGCAGCCGAUGGCAGGGAGUUGUGUGCGUAUUCCACCCACACGAGGUUAGAGGACCGGGAUGCAGGUUCUUUGGAACAGAGAAUGCAAAGUCAUUUUUCUAGUUCCUAGUUUAGCCACUCAGUUUGUCCAUUAGAUUGAGGGUGGAACCCUGAAAACAGUCUGAUAUUGACCCCCAGGAGCUGGCAAAACUCUUUCCAGAAGUCAGAGGUGAACUGAGGUCCACAAUCAGGUACAAUGUUGUGUGGGAGGCCGUGCAGGCGAAAGACAUGCUGGAGCAGGGCUGUUUCCUUGGCUUACAGAAGUUUGGGCAAGGCAAAGAAAUGGGCCAUCUUGGAAAAUCGAUCCACCACAGAGAGGAUGGUGGUGAUCCAAGCAGACGGGGGUAAGCCUGUAACAAAAUCUAUGGCGACGUGAGACCAGGGCUGCCUGGGGGCAGGAAGAGGACAGAGCAAGACAGCUGGGGAACCCCGGGGUGUCUUAUGCCGGGCACAGACAGGACAUGACACCACGAACUCCCGGACAUCCUUCCUUAUCUGAGGCCACCAGAAGCAUUGCUGGAGGACUGACAAGGUGCGAGCAGAGCCAGGGUGACAGAACAGGUGAGAGCUGUGGCACCAUUGGAGGACUUGGGAGCGUAGAUGGUCAGGAACGAACAACCUUCCCUCUUGACAGCCCUCCGGAACCGGGAGACUGGAGGUGGCCUGCUGGACCCUCCUUUCAAUGUCAAGGCGAAGGGCUUGGACCAUGACGGAGGAAGGACGUAUAUGUUCCACAACAGGUUCUCCAUCAUCCUCCAUGGUGAAUUUCCGUGAUGGAGCGUAUGGCUUGGCAUUCUUGGAUCCUUGGGCAGUAGGACAGGGUGAAAUUAAGACGCCUAGAGAAGAAGGCACAGGGAUAGAGCUGGUUGUCUUUAGCAGAUCGCUGAGACAGAAUGGCCCCCACGCCAACAUCAGAUGCAUCCACCUACACAAUAAACUGCCAGUCUGGGUCGGGGAGAGCCAGGAUGGGGGCUGUCGUGAAGAGGUCCCUGAGUCUGGUGAAAGCUUGCUCAGCCUCAGGAUUCCAACUGAAGGCAUGAAGUGUGGAGGUUAGCCGUUGUAGGGGGGCAUCAACAGUGCUGAAGCCCUGAUGAACUUGCGCUAAAAAUUCGCAAACCCCAGGAAGCGCUGAAGCUGCUUUCUGUUAUCUG